CCUUUAGAAGCUAAUGAGUAUUUUCCCCCUGCAGAGGUUUCUGCCCCAGCAGCACAGCCCCCGUGCAGCAGCCUGACUCGAGGCUUCCACCGGGCAGCACUGAGGCUUCAGGAUGAAUCCAAAGCUGACAAACCCCCCUCCUCCUCACCCAGCUCAACCACCUACCAUGAGCACUACCGGGCUCACUCUGCUGAACAGGAGGCAGCAGGAGCCCCCCAGGAACACUCAGCAUCUGAGCCAGCAGCUGAGGAGGCCUCCAGGCCGAACACCAGCUACCAGGUUCAGAGUGGAGAGCAGGGCGAGGAGUAUGAGACAGAGGAGCAGCUUCAGGCUCGCAUCCUGACCGCUGCCCUGGAGUUCAUCCCUCUGCACGGCUGGACAGUGGAGGCCAUCGCAGCUGGGGCUGAGAUGCUGGGCCUGUCCUCUGCUUCCACUGGGAUGUUCUAUAACGGAGCUGGAGACCUGGUGCUGCACUUUGUCUCUCAGUGUAACUCCCAGCUGACAGAUAUCCUAGCUGAACAACACAACCAGGUCCAGCUGGGCCAGGCCGAACCUAAGAAGACUGCUGAGUUUCUGAGAGAUGCUGUGGAGACCAGACUCAGGAUGUACAUCCCUUACAUUGAAACCUGGCCACAGGUACACUGUUAGAACCUCUGUUUCUUCUUCCAU